GUUUCAGAUUGAUGCUCAAAGGUUCCAAAGGAGAAAGUUUUCAGAAGCACUUUUGUCCGCUCAGAAACGAGUUAUCCUGUUUGAUGCUAUUUUCCGGAAAGUGAAUUCGGAGCAUUGGCUUAAUUUUGCCUUGUGAUUUUAAUGUUUUUUUGCUAAGUUUGAUUUCUCACUCCCACCGAGUCCGUGAUAGCAGCAACAGCAUUGGAUGUAUCACUUGCAUUUGACACCAUUCCCUGGCUCAUGGUUUUCUGCGCUUGCUCACGAGCCAACUUGAGUUCUUCUGGUAUUGUCCACGUUGAUUGCUGUGGGUUGUUGGUUGUUUGCUGAUGAAUGUUGUGAUAAGGUAUGAUUCUGUGAUGGAAGCGGUAACUUUGGCGGAGAGAUUCUUCAACUAUUAUCCUCUGGGUGAUGGAUGGAGAAUCCAUUCCAAGUGUUUCCAUAAGGAAGUUCCUUUCACUUUCUGAAAAUUAUGGACUUGGAAUUGCUGAAUUUGCUUGGAUAUGACCUUAUUGUUUUGCUUUUCCUUACUGCAGUAGCGAAUAUGAAACGAGAACGACUCAUUGCCACGCUCUCAAAAUCUUUUUCUCUUUGAACGUCCUUUUACAAUUUGUAUCUUGGGUUACUUUGCUGACUUGAGAUAAACCACUUUUUUUUUUUGCAGGAGAAUGUUAUACGACGUGUCGAUCAUCAUUAGCGGUAUCUUCAUCCAUUACAGUAGAGGGACCAAUGUCCACUGAAUGUGGGGAUUUAACAGAAGCCAAAUCUUACUCAGACUUUGAGGCAGAUAAAUGUAUCCCGAACGGCACUCCUUCCUUGUCCAGUGGGGAUCUGAGCCAACAUAACUGGAUUGAGCUGGACUAUUCACACUGUUUGUUUUUUGAAGUUUUAUGAGUCUUAUCUGUUGUAUUCGUCUUUUGAUGUGGCAAACAGAUUUUAUCUUCAUGGCGUACCAGAGUUUGAUGUGGAAAAUGUUUCUCAUUAGCAUAGUGUGCCAGGGAAGGACUUUUGCAAGUCACAGCCAAAAUGCAACCUGCAGUUCUUGCCAAUCAGCCAUUUCAGGAGAAAGAAUGGAAGAAGUCCCAUAUUGAGAUUUAUCCAAAAGAAAUAUUACUUCAGAAGCUCCAGCGUCUUCUGCACUCACUUUUGGAUGAAGAUGAUUGACCUGCGGAUUAUGAUUCCACAUCCUGCAAUCCAAAAAUCCUGGUAUGCCCUUUACUCUUUCUAUCAAAAUCAUCACUGGUUUCAAUGUGAACAUCAAAACAAGCUUCUAAAAGAGUUUGGUAGAUCCAAAGGUUCAGUGGAAACCCAUCCGCCCUCACGACAUGUCUCAGGAACAGACCCGUCAAAUGAUCUACAAGAAAGAUACAAUAACACUUCGGAGGGUUUGCAUUGAUUCACCACUACUUGUAAAAUUUAUAGGUUUCUCAAUGGCUCCCCCAAUUAUGCCCCGGAGUUUAACAGAAUGGAUUUUGAGUAUGACAUAUUCUUGGAAUGCUACAUCCUUAGAACCUGUACCGUGCAACCGGUCCCUUGAUGUAUGCUUGUAUUGUUCUUGUAACAACUGCUUCUCUCCACGAACGUUGCCUUUGAAGUUCUUGCAUCCGGUUGAGCAUUACGUGUUGUUUGCUUCCUGUGUUCAGCCCCAAAAUCAAGGGGUGUCGCAAGCUUUUUGCUAUCAUUGUAAGCCGGAUAAGCAGUUGUUAUCAGUGCAGAAUGAAUUGCAAUUAGGCUUUGCGGAAGGUUUUGGAGCUAAGUAUACAACCUCCGGCAUUAUGCACUUUAUUACGAAGAAGUUGUUUGCUGUACUCAUUGUGGAUGAUGUGAGCUUGAGAGAAAAUCGCUAUUUGAUGCAACCAACUGCCAGUAGUGCAAAAUAUUCUCCUAGUGCUCAGAACUGGGAGUUGAAAAGUACAGAGUGUUUAUUGAAAUCCACAGAUUCCAUGUUGGGGUACAAAACAGCAGCACCGACAACCAAAGCAAGAACCGCAAAGGUCAAACAAACCUUGCCUUCAUGGCCUUGAGAAAAUCUUACUGAGAGUACCUUACAAUAUUUACCUGCAUCCUUGACAAAUUGAGCAGCAUCGGUCUCAGAUGCCAAUGCAUUCUCAUUCUUCUGCCUAAGAUUCUUUAGGAUCUCCUGUGGCUCAUAAGGAGACAAUUUUGUAGCUUGUAAGAUUCUGUAUUAGAACUUUUGACUUGUAUACAGUUCUUAAGUGGGAUAUUCCAUGAACCGAUAAAACCUGUACCUCAUGUGACACAAACUCUUCCUUCUCCUUAUGCCAUUAUCACACUUUUCUUGCAAAAUAUUUUUCACACU